AUGUCAUUUAAUACACAAUUAUAUUGUCGUUUACCGAAAUCGGUAGAGUUAAUACAGGAUUACAACACGCUUGAAUCAUUCCCAAGACCAAAUAGUGAAUGUAGAUCAGCCCUUUAUUCACCUAAUGGAAAGUAUUUUGGAUAUACCCAACCCAAUGAAGUAGUAAUAAUCAACACAUCUACAGGGUCGAUACUUUUAAAAAUUGAAUUAAGUGACGUUUUCGAUAUUGAAUUUUCACCAAAUGGUACUUAUUUAUGUAUGUGGUGUAAGCCAGUAUUAGUUAAUAAAGAAAGUGGAGUUUGGAAUAAGAAUGUUAAAAUCUUCAAUAUCGCCAAUACUAAAAUCAUAAUGGAAUGGUCUAAUAAGCAUCAAAAUGGUUGGAAACCUCAAUUUACAUCAAAUGAAAAUUUCUUUGUUAAAGGGACUUUCAACAACAAAGAGAUUGAAUUUUUUGAUAUCACCAAUGCUAAUAAUUUACAAUCAAUUGGAUCACCAAAAUUUAAGUUCAAAACCGAACAACCAUUCCAAAGUUUUAAAAUAAGUCCAGGUUUAAACCCUUCAAUUGCAAUUUUCUUACCUGAAGCUAAUGGUAAACCAGCCAAUAUUUCAAUUUAUAAUUUACCAAAUUUCAAUCAACCUGUUUGUUCAAAGAAUUUUUUCAAAGCAGAAAAAUGUGUAUUACAAUGGAAUUCUUUAGGUACUGCAUUAUUAGGUUUAGCAUCUACUGAUCAUGAUACUACCAAUAAAUCAUAUUAUGGAGAAACUAAUUUAUAUUUAUUAGGAAUUGCUGGAAGUUAUAAUUCAAGAAUUAAUUUAACUAAACCUGGACCAAUUCAUGAUAUUACUUGGUCACCAACAGCUAGAGAAUUCAGUGUGAUAUAUGGAUAUAUGCCUAGUGAAACUAGUUUUUUCGAUGCUAGAGGUAAUUUAAUUCAUUCAUUACCAACAUUACCAAGAAAUACUAUAUUAUAUUCACCUCAUGGUAAAUAUAUUUUAGUUGCGGGAUUCGGUAAUUUACAAGGAACUGUAGAUAUUUAUGAUAGACAAGAUAAAUUUAAAAAAAUAGUAAGUUUUGAAGCAGCAAAUACAAGUGUUUGUAAAUGGUCACCUGAUGGUAGAUAUAUUUUAACAGCUACCACCUCACCAAGAUUAAGAGUUGAUAAUGGAUUAAAAAUUUGGCAUUAUAGUGGGAAAUUAAUUUAUUUUAAAGAUUAUCAAGAAUUAUAUUCAAUUAAUUGGAGACCACAAAAAAUUGAUGAAUUUCCAGCUAUUGGUAGAAAUGAUAUAAUUCCUGAAAGUCAUGAAUCAGCAAAAGAUUUCUUAGCUAAGAAGGCAGCAUUAGUAAAUUCUGCUGUUAAAAAGCCUAGUGGUGCUUAUAGACCACCACAUGCUAGAAAUAGUAAUUCAACAACUGAAGAAAAAACCACUUCAUUAUAUCAAAGAGAAUUAGCAGCAUCAGUUGGACAACCUGCCAAAAAUGGAUUUACUCCAAGAGUUAGAAGUGUUGUUGGUGCACCACCACCAGUUGUUAAAGAAACUAAAAGUGCUGCCAAAAAUAGGAAAAAGAGAGAAGCUAAAGCUGCAAAAGAUACUGAAACUCCUCCACCUGUUGAAAUUGAACAAACACCAAUAAAUGAAGCUACUAAUAAAUUAUCAACUAUGGACGUUGGAUCAGUCGUUGGAGGUGUUUCAUCAAUUGAAGAUAAACGAAUUAGAUCAUUAUUGAAAAAGUUAAGAGCCAUUGAAACUUUGAAAAUGAAACAAGCAUCAGGAGAAUCAUUAGAAGAAACUCAAAUUUCUAAAAUUAAUAAAGAAGAAGAAAUUGUUAAAGAAUUAGAAUCUUUAGGUUGGAGUGAAUAA